UAUAACUUGGUAUAACUGAAGCUACUAGAGGUCUAGCGCGGCGCGCGGUCAGUUGUGUCAAUUAUAGGCGUGGACACAUAGAAUAUAUAAAGAGUAUUUAGAGGCAUCGACUCUCUAUUGUGAGGCGUUUUUACAAAGUUAAGACGUUUUUCCCGAAAUGGCCCUUGAAAUCCGCUUUUCUUUUUUCGCGAUAGCGUUACUCUUUCUUUGCUGCGUCCAACAAGGCCUCUCUAUCAAAUGUUGGGUGUGCAGGUCAGACUCAGAUCCAAAGUGCGCGGAUCCGUUUGACAAUUCCACAGUGCCUAUUACAGACUGUAAGCAAGAACCUGAACUGGAGCACUUACCAGGGGUAAAGCCGACAAUGUGUCGUAAAAUUCGUCAAAAAGUUAACGGGGAAUGGAGAUAUUUUCGUAGCUGCGCUUAUAUGGGCGAGCCAGGAAUUUCGGGCGAUGAGCGAUUCUGCUUAAUGCGAACUGGAACGUAUAAUAUAUUUAUGGAAUACUGUACAUGCAAUAGCAAAGACGGUUGUAACUCGGCACCUUAUCAAUAUGCAAACUGGCAUCUCUUAUUAAUCGGCCUAAUAACAACCGUUCGAUACGUGUUCGUCGUUUAAAAAAGUCUAGCCAAAGAUUCUUAACAGAUCUGAUUCACUGGAUAGUUUAGAUUUCAGUAACUAUCUUUACGGUUCAAGAUUCACUUGUACUUACACAAUACUCCUCUCAUCUUACACAUCGAACGUCAGGGAAGAUACAAUCUCCAGCAAUCAAAUAUGUAUAGAUGCAUUAAUUUUUACAAUGCAAUUUUGUAAUUUUAUAAUUUUUUAUACAAUCAAGUGCCUUUUUAUAUCUAUCUUUACAUAUCUCAAUGAUGGAAAUUUUUAAUAUUUAUAAGAAGUAAUAUAACUUCCAGUAAGUCAGUAAUUUACCCCUUGGCUGAAGCUACAUUUUAUCAAUAAAUUACAUAUUUUAUAGAAAUAUAUUUUUACUGCUAUACAAAAAAAUGAAUAUUCGUACUAUUUUUUUCCAUUUUAAUAUUACUAUAGUACAAAUUAUGAAUCUUACUAAUAUCGAAUUAGUCGAUUAUUAUAACCCCAGAUAUUAAAAAUAAGACUGCUAAAACCGUCCAGAUUAAUCAUACGAUUAAUUUAGUUCUAUUGCGGCAAUUUGCCUCCUUCUUAUUAUUUUUGUACAUAUUUUUUUAGGAAUAUUUAGUCUUUUACUGCCAUACAACAUAAACAAGGCAUGAUUUGUAACAUUGUAUCAUCGAUAUAUUUGAUUCAUAUAAAACACAAUAUCAUUCAAUAUACAUACUUAAAAUUCCAUAUUAAAUUGUUAGGUAAUUGUAUAAAGUACAGACAAUAAAAUGAUUUCUAAAU